UCCCAUCUCAUAAAAUCUGGGAAGCCGAAAGCAGUGAUCUGCAGUCAAAAGCUUGGGAGUCCAGGCCCAACAAUUUUAUUCUCUUAGUUAUAAUGGCUGAUCAAAUCGAUACUAGUCGACUGGAUUCAAAACCUCAAAGUAUAUCUGAUGCGUAUGCAGUUCCAGCAAAUUUUUUAGAAAUAGAUGUGUCCAAUCCUCAAACUCAUGGGGUUGGUAAAAAAAGAUACACAGAUUAUGAAGUAAGAAUGAAGACAAACAUACCGAUUUUUAAAUUAAAAGAUUCAGCUGUAAGAAGGAGAUAUAGCGAUUUUGAAUGGUUACGAACUGAACUUGAAAGAGAUAGCAAGAUUGUUGUUCCACCGUUGCCUGGGAAAGCUUUAAAGAAGAUGUUGCCAUUCAGAGGCGAUGAUGGUAUAUUUGAAGAUGAUUUCAUAGAAGAAAGAAGACAAGGGUUAGAAGCUUUUAUUAACAGAGUGGCUGGUCAUCCUCUGGCACAAAACGAAAAGGGACUACACAUGUUCCUGCAAGAACCGAUUAUCGACAAAAAUUAUGUUCCUGGGAAAAUACGAAAUGUUUAGAUGAAUUGAGUGGUGUAUAAAUUUAAUAUUUUUGAUGGCGUUCGCGUGAAAGAUGUUAUGUACAGAAAUUGACAAAACAUUGCAUAGAUGUUUUUAUCGAAUAUACUUUAAGGUGCUCGAACUAACCUGCUGCGGUUUGUUUUUUUGUGUAACUCACGAAAUUCUUUACAAAAAUUUAUAAAAUCAUAGCAUUUUUGCAAGACUUAUUCCUCGGACGUAAUAAUGUUAUUUUGAGUGAAUUGAUGCAUUUUCAAUCUUGAGAGCGUCUUUCUUUCAGUUUAUGAUUAUUUUAAAAUUAAUAACUAACUUUUUCAAUAGUUAUGUUGAUUUUUUUGCUUUAAAUUUUAUAAUUUUGUUUCAUCCGCAACCACAUUUCUGUUUAUUGUGCGAAAAACAGCCAUUGCACCACAUCUACCGCAUCCAAUCGCUCCACUUUUCUGAAAAUAUUAAAAAGUGUCGAUUUUUUAAAACUUCUUGCAUUUUACUGCUUGAAGUUUCUCGAGAAAUAUCUUUUUAUCGCUUUUUAUGCCCUUUUAACACGAAAUAGUCUAGGUUUAUUUUAAUAAAAUCACCGCUCCUUAACUUUGAAUACCCAGGCGUAUACUCCAAAUUUUCAUUGUACACACUCGUUACACAAAAAAUUGUAUAUUUUUUUUUUUGAAGUUUUUGUAACUGGUUUAAAUAUAUCUUACUAAAAA